AUGAGACCAUUAUCGCCUCAAACAUGUGUCAAAUUAUUCGUUACUGGAGCCACAGUGGGUCCAUUAGUUGAUUCCCUUCACAAUCAAUGUCUUUUGAAGUAUGACGUCUUGCCCAUUUCCAUCGUGCUUCCACCAAUGGCAAUGCCAAUGGCAAUGCCAAUAAUAGAAAAUGGAUAUUACGAUUAUUGGUUCACUUCCAGCUGGACGGUACCACCAUUGUUGGGUGUCGCCUAUGUGGUAUUGGGAGGAAUUUUACCUCGAUUGUUCGAAGCCUUGUUGUGGAAGAGUGGUAUGGUGAUGAUGAUGGGACCACAACAACAGCAGGAAGAAGUCACGACCAUACUACAGCAAGAGGAAUUACCAUGGGAAUCACAACCACAACAACAACAACAACAAGACGAAGAACCACUGAAACGACGCGCGAUUCUUGCAGUCGGCACCACUGCAUUGAUUAUCAAAUUGUCAGAAUACUUGGAAACUACGAAUAAUUCCAUCGUAGAUAAUGGUGGUGGUGGUGGUGGUGGUCCAUUAUUCAACUUGCUGGUCCUGUUAUCGGCGGCUCUGGGUCAAUGGGCCAUCUUGGAUGGGAGCCUAUCGGCAUUGUUGGCCGCUUCCGUUACAUCUAUUGGGGGACCCUUGUCGGAGCUUCCCUUUGUGGGACACGGUGUUUGGGUCUAUCUCGAUUCUGCCCGAGACUACUAUCCAUUGGCUGGACUUGUUCCAGGUUCUUCUUGGUGGUCGGAUAACAGUAGUAAUGGUUUGUUGACGUGGCUAUUGGGCGUCUCCGACUAUACCAAUCUGGGUCUAUCGAGCAUUACAGGUCCCUGUUACUUUGCAGUGACUAUGGAUGCGAUUGCCUUGGGUCGAUGGUUUGAUGCCAUGCAAGAAAAAAAAGAAGAAGAAGAAGGACCAGCAAGUGAGGCGCAGUAG